CAGGAAAGCCUUACCCUCGAAGCCGAAGGCCUCGUGCCUUCUCUUCCUGUCUCGGCUCUUCCUCCUUGCAUGGAGGAAGUAGCUGUUUCCCCCAUGGUCGCUGCCGCCGUAGUGCUUGAUAACAAUGGCGCCGACACGGUCUCCAGCACUACCAUCCCUAGCGUAACAGUAAGCAUAGAGGAGAAAGAAGAGAUCAAUGGGGACGUUCCCACGAUCACCUCGGCCGCAAGCAACGAAUUUGAGUUGUUCACCACUCCCGUCUCCUCCAGGAGCCCUUCCACUCGCAAGAAGCGCGGCGCGUUCGGCCUCUUCAGGGCGAUGUUCCUGUCCUUUGGCCGGAGCGACAGCAUUAAGAAGACGGGCGGCGACACCACGAGCCCCAAGAAGAGAGCCAUCGCGGCUGAUGCUGUCGACUACAAGCCCGCCGGUGACGAGUCACCGUCGUGGAAGAACAUCGUGGACAGCAUGCGCCCGCUCCGCCUCCGCGGGCAGGAGCUGGAGUACUACCCGCCGCCGCCGCCGCUGGGCCACGCCGACGUGUACCAUGACGUGAUCCUACCACCGCCGUCGCCGGCACGGUCCGGCUUCGAGUUCGAGGAGGUGGGCAUGACCAGCCGCUACGCGUCCGCUGAUGAUCUUCACCAGAUGGACAGCGCCGACGACGAAGAGGUUGCCCUGGCGGCGGAAGGUGGCAACGACGGUGACAGCAGUUGCCCACACGCCAUUGACAUGCAGGCGGAGGAGUUCAUCGCCAAGUUCUACGAGCAGUUCAAGUCAGAAUCAUUCAAGGGCUGUACGUCCGAGUGACCCAAUGAUCCAUCCCCUUACGCCAUGCAUGUAACCGUUCUGAUCUUACCCUGAAAUUGCAUUGAUCUCAGACUCAGAGAUGACACUACUACUCAAUGUGGAUCACGAAGAAAUGUACAGUAUCAGCGGUCACAUCGAUAAACACACAGUUCUCCUAAACUCCUGCAUGACACCAUUUUAUUCUUCUUCUUCAACAAACUUCCUUCACUAAUUUUAGCAUGUACUAGCAUCAAUCUCCUAUAUUUAGGCUGUGUGCAUCUCAUGAUAGAGAUACAGAGGGUGGAGGUUUCUAUAUUUGAUAUAAAAAGGGUUUAUUUCUCUACA